AUGGAAAUCGCCUACGGCACUCUAUCCGGACGGGUCUGUUUAAUCGUUCAGUACCCCGAGAACGUUGGAUUUAGUCCCCAGCCGUUGCAAACCUUCAGUGUCCAUCGUGCAAUGGUAACACGGGUGGUUUUAUCCGAAAAGCAUCUGAUAUCCGUUUGCAAUGAAUUUAACCAUGUGCGCACUUGGUUAGUCAAUCGUUUCCGGGGUAUAAUCAGUACUCAACCGGGUUCCGCUCCGAUCGCCUCGUUCCACGUCACCUCACUAGACACAAGCGGUGGACAACGUCUGGUAGAGUCGGUGUUGGAUUCCGUGCGACGUUGCGCCACGCGACACGUAAAUCAGUCGACCCCACACAACGCCCCCAUGCUCACUCGUUGCCGUGCGGUCCAAUCCCAAGCCACUCACGUCGAUCGAUCCCAGCUUCAACAAAGACAACAUCGACAACCACAAUCUUUCCGAUUUCCGCACUGGAAACGCCGUGGCUCUCGGUCUCACUCUCCCGGGACCAGUCUGGAUCAGCAAGAUACCUCCCGUCUCGAGGUUCCUCAAUCUCUUCUGGAGAGUGCGAGCUUGACCACUGCAAACGGCAUCACUACUUUUAGUCCAGAGAAUCCGGACCAAGAUCGUCUACCAGAAUUCCCCGGUGCUGUAAGACUUUUGGCUGCGGUGAAUCAACCGGAUGUUGUCGUUUUGCCGAGAACAUCAUGGCUUCACGAAGAUCCUGGCAACCUGAGCGCACGAACAAGCCUUACAACACCCAGUCAGCAAGAGGGCACUUCAAAUGAAUUACCGCACCCGAACAUUGCAACCUAUCCUCUGCGUUCCGAACCAGCAGUUGCCCGUUGUCAAACGUUUCACGGAACGUCUGCUCCAACUGCAACUGUCAGUUCUCCCGAUCCAUCGAUAGGCUCCCACAAUACUUCCAAUUGUGCCACCACUGCCCCAUCCAUUGCACUACACCAAUUCGCAAACGAUCCAGGACCCUAUGGGGAACGGGAAGAUGUAUUGGUGUUCGUCCAAAAAAUCACUCCAAAUGCACAUCAGCUGUUUGUUCGAUUUGCCGCCACUGGAAAACGAGUUUGUGUCAUUCGUUCGGUGGAUGCCACUCCCAUCACUUCUUUUUGUGUACACGAACAUGAUGGCUCUAACCGCGUCGGUGCCUACCCACGACGUUAUCUGUUCACCGGCCACAUAGACGGAUCAAUACAAGCUUGGGACCUGUCAACUGCUCUGAACUCUUUUAAACACGCCAACCUACUUGGAGCAAUGCAGUCACUUACCUCGGGUAUCCCUGGCAUGGUAGUAUCCCUUUUAUUCUCCCUGGAAUUUAGAGGUCCCUGCUUUCAAUGA